UGUUGGCUUCAUUGAGGAUCUUGAUGCCCUGAUAAGGAAAUACGAGAGCAGCUACAAUAUUAGUGAAUCUGGUUCCUCCUGCACGCUCACAUCUAAGAGCAUCCAAAAACUCUCCAGCCGGGAGUUUCAAACAUCAGCAAUACAAGCAGUGAGUGGAGUUCUUGCCAAAAAAGUCAGUAGUUUGAGCUUUCCUAGUUCAGUCGUUCAGUCUGAGUUAACAGGUGCUGUAUCAGGUCAAACAUUGUCUGGCAUUGUAAAGACAGAGUCAAUUCACCCAGUGGGCUCAGCAGCGUCAGUAGUUGUUAAGACUUUCGUGUCAGAUAUGAAGUCCUUGGCUGAAUCUGAAGAGAGUCCCCAACAGAAGAGUGCCUGGUCUGCUGCUGUUCACAUUUACCACAGCAUCCAAAACAACUUGAAAGAUUAUUUCGGCAAGCUUCAGAGAUUUGCCCUAAAGAGCAUUGUCACAUCUGAUGACAACAUCACAAAUGCUGAGUUUAAGGAGACAGUUCCACUUCCUUGCUUAAACAUGAAAUAUAGGCCCAGUAAGAGUGAGCCUCAGUUGCCAGAGUCCACUGGUGAAGUUACUUUACAAAGAGGCCUAAGUGAGUGCUCAAAACUUCUUUGGGCAAAACUGAGCCAGAAGAAAGCAAGCUCCUUCUGACAACUUGCACCAAAGAAGUCAUCUCAGAGCUUCUGGUCUUGUACAAGACUGAGAUGUCAAAGGAGGACCCCCUGUACACUGUUGGAGAAAAAGGAUCAGACUUCUCUAUUGAGAGACAACAAUUUGUAGAGGGCGUUCUGGCUCAGCUUGGGGAUAUCUCCCAUUCCAGGGCCUCAUCACCAUUAGUAUAUGAGUUCCCCUGUCAAACCGAGGACAGCAGAAGUAAGGCCACAGCUUCUUUGACCAGUCUGUUAGAUUGCAUGAAAAAACUCUCAAGUGAGGAAUUCAAGAGAGACACCACUCAAGCAGUGAGUGAGUUCCUAGUUAAAAAGUCCAACAGUAGCUUAACUAGUGCACAGCCUGCUUAUUCUGUAGCAUCCAGGUCUUGUUCCGUUCAAAACCAGAGAACCUUGUCAAAGGAUAUUUGUGCGGAUUCUGCUGCCUUUGGCAUCAUUGACACAUUUGUGGAAGACCUGCAGAGCUUGGCGCAACCUGCAGAAGUAGAGGAGAGAGAUCCUGACCUCCAGGAAAAUGCACAAAAGCGAAAGAGCAGGAUCUGGUCUGCUACCACUAGUUUAUAUAAAAAUAUUAAGAAGACAUUAAAGGGCUUCACCAUUCACCGGCGGAGGUCAGACGUGCAGAGAAGAAUGUCUAGCCAUACACCCACAGAGGACUCUGGACAUCUUGUGACUAAGGAGUACCUUGGUUUGGCAAGCCAGAACUUGACGCAAGCUAGUAAGAGUGUGCCUCACUUGCCCAGUUUGAACCAGGAAGUGACUCUACACACGGGUGUCAGCGAGAGUUCAAAACUUCUCUUGACUGAAACAGACGAGGGUCUAAUGAACAAUAGUACCAAACAGGUCAUUUCAACAAUCUUCACCUCAUGCGAGGAUCAGACAUCAAAUGCACCUUGCUUCUCCACAGUAGGAAAGAAAAUAUCUGAUAUGUCCCUUGAGGUCAACAUAUUGGUAGGUGGUGUUCUGUCUCAGCUGAAGGACAUCUCCUUGUCAAGGUCCCCAACACCAUGUGAAGACAUGUUUGAACGUCUCCAAGGUUCUACUGAGCGAACCUCUCCAGUAAGUCUAGAUUGCAGCACGGCUGCCUCCAAAGGCAUUGCAUCUUCCCACAGUCUUUCAACAAAGAGCCUCCAAAAACGUUCUAGUCAUGAGUUCCAAACCAAAGCUGAGAAAGGAGUGAGUGAGGUCCUCUCUAGGUCAUUUAACAUUGUGGAGGAAGGUACAACAGAUAAGUACCUCCAGUCUGUAUCUACAUCCACCACGUCUACUGAUAUUAUACAAACCAUGGUGAAAGACCAGCAGGAGCUCACCCAAUCAUCUGACAUGGUAUCUGGAAUCUCCCUGCUCACCACUGGACAGGUUUCUGAGAAAAGGAUCUGGUCUGUUGCUCGUAACAUCUACUACAGUCUGCAAAGUAAGAUUACGGAGUUUCUCAGAAAAAAUCUUCAAAGAUCAGACACAACACUUGGUUCAAUCCAAAUCUUUACAUAUCAAAGCAGUCCUGCAUCACAAAGAGCAAGUCUCGGCCAUCUUGAGGUCAACCAGAGCAGUGUUACACCUGGUGGAAACGAUGCCUGUGUGGACAUUCCGCACAAAUUACUAUCUAAAACCACUGAGCUCUCGGGAUCCAUGCUGGAGGAUAUUGGCACGAUCCGUUGUAGGAGUGCUGACAGCCCAAAUACAAGAAAUAACUCUUCUUCACACUCCUCCAUCUCUCUAACACCUACUUCAAAAUUAAGGCAGUCGAAAUGGCACUUUGCCUUACCCGGGACUCCCAUCCCCACUGAGUUUCCUGCUCAGAUUGACUUUCCCAUUGUUAGAAACACAAUCAUUGAGGACUUCUUUCACACAGAGGACUUACUUCCUGUAACCUUUGUGGACAAAGUCAGGCAAGCUGCUGGGGUGGUAGUGGACAUUAUGGUGGAAAGUGUUGAGAACACACAGGAAGAUGGACAGGGUGCUUCUCAUCUUGACGACCUCCGAUCUGCUGUUAGGAAAUUGAGAAAAAUCAUUUCCACUUGGACCAUCCACAUUUUCAGCCAUGAAUUGGUGGAUAAAGUUAUAGCCCUUCAGGACAGCCACAGCACUCCACAGGUCUUAACAUUGGAAGCAGCCAAAAGUGCUUCAGACUCCAUUCUUUCAAGGCUGAAAUGGGGAAAGGAACAAUGCGCCAUAUCCAAGGAGCUCUCCUCUCAGCUUCUCCAGAUAUUUGCUGAAGAGACAGUGAAGGGCUUCCUGAGACAGUGGUCAGAUGAGUAUGAAAAUAUAAACUUUGAUGUUUCAGUCCAGAACGAUCCAAAGACUUCUACUUGCAUGGUCAUUCUUCAAAUGAUCACCAAAGCCACUGCUAAAUGUUAUUUUGAGUCCGCUACCAGCGUGGCCACCAGUGACAUUGUAAAAGGCGUGUUUGAUUUGGAAAGGGAUACCAUCAGCAGUACUGGAGAGCAGGUCCUCACCUUUAACACCAAGGGUUCCACGGAAGUUAGAAAGGACCUCUGUCCUCAAGAGUCUCUGGAGUACCAGCCUCAGAACAUUUCGCCUACUGUGUACUUUACAGAGACGAUGACAACAUCUCAUGGCUCCUUUUCUCCAGAGGGAAUUUAUGAUAUCGCAUCGUCCUUCCCACUUGAAGAGAAGAGUCGCAAACCCUCCCUUUUCACUAGAUUGUCUAGAUCCAUCACGAAAGGCUUUCUCAGCCCAUUCAAAUCUUCAAGGAAAACCAAAUUAUUUAAAUAAAUUCCUCAUCAUAACAACAAGAGCAUUCAUUUGUUCAGAUGAAAAUCUAAUCGUAUUGGUCACAUACGCCGAAAACAACUGUGAGAUGCUUUAUUACGAGCCCAUUCCCAACAAUGCAGAGUUAAAAAGUAAGAACAUAUUUUUUAAAUAGUAACACAAUAACAAGGCUAUAUACAAGGAGUACCAGUACCGAGUCAAUGUGCAUGGGUGCGAGGUAGUCGAGGUAAUACAGUAUGUACAUGUAGGUAAGGGUAAAAGUGACUAGGCAAUCAGUAUAGAUAAUAAACACAGUAGCAGCAGCUGGAGUGAAAGUCGGUCAGUGUCACAGUGAAUGUGUGGGUAGAGUGUAGUGAGUGUGCAUCGAGCCAAUUCAAGAGAGUCAGUCGAAAACAAUUAGAAAAAUACAUCAAUAACAAAGGGGGUCAAUGCAAAUAGUGCAGGUGGCCAUUUAAUUAACGUUCAGCGUCUAAUGACUUGGGGGUAGAAGCUGUUCAGCAGUCUAAUGACUUGGGGGUAGAAGCUGUUCAGCAGUCUAAUGGCUUGGGGGUAGAAGCUGUUCAGCAGUCUAAUGACAUGGGGGUAGAAGCUGUUCAGCAGUCUAAUGACUUGGGGGUAGA